GAUCUAUAUAAUGACAUUCUAGAACAAACUGCAUUUGCUAAUUGGGAAGAUUCUCAUGAGCCAAUCUAUAAAGAUAUCAAUAUUGAAUCUCAGCAACAAGUUGUUGAAAAAUUAGAAAUUGGUGAUUUAAUUAAUUUAAAUGAUUCUAUGAUAGUUAAAGACAGUAGAUCGAAAGAUAUUGAAAGCUAUAAUAAUAAUUAUAUUGAAGGUCGUGGAAAUUUAAAUUUUAACAUAGAUGAUAUUGUAAAUAAAGGUCUAGAAAAUACAAGACAACAAUAUUCAAGCCUUUAA